AAAUACCCCCUUAUAACUUUCCUUCCCUGCAAAACCCUCCCAAAACCCCCUCGCCAUCUCUCUCUAAAACCCUCGAAGCUUCUUCCACUUCCUCAUGUCGAAGCCACUCAAGCUGAUCAAGGCCAAUGCCUCCAACCCUAAGCUCUGGAUCGUGGUCGGGAUCGGCGUGGUCGGGGUCGUGAUCAUGGCGGAAACGCGGAGGCGGAGAUCGAAGGCGGCGGGAAUUAAGGAUUUUGGUGCCUUUGUGGAGCGAUUCGAGAUUCUCCCAUUCCCUCAGCCGCCUCCUCCCGCUGCCAGGCAGUCGCUCGCCGGUCUCACCUUCGCCAUCAAGGACAUAUUUGAUCUGAAGGAUCAUGUGACCGGGUUUGGGAAUCGCGAUUGGGAGAGAGCGCACAAGCCCUCAGGGAAGACAGCCGUGGCAGUGACUGCUCUGUUGAAGAAUGGGGCUGCUUGUGUUGGCAAGACUGUUAUGGAUGAAUUGGCCUUCGGGAUAACCGGGGAGAACAUGCAUUAUGGAACCCCUACCAAUCCACAAAUGCCAUCACGUAUUCCAGGAGGUUCUUCUAGUGGUUCUGCUGUGGCUGUUGCAGUUGAAAUUGUUGACUUUGCUCUUGGUACUGAUACGAUUGGAGGGGUGAGAAUUCCAGCAUCAUUUUGUGGUAUCAUUGGAUAUCGACCAUCUCAUGGGGCUGUAUCAACAAUUGGAGUUAUACCAAACUCACAAAGUUUAGACACUGUUGGAUGGUUUGCUCGUGAUCCGUCUGUUCUGCAUCGUGUUGGACAUGUUUUACUUCAAUUGAAUUCAGUGGAGCCUAGAAGGGCAAGACGCCUCAUUUUUGCUGAUGACCUCUUUCAGUUCUCUAAGGUUCCCACACAAAAGACAUUAUACGUUGUUAGCAAAGCAAUUGAAAAUCUUUCUGGGUACCAGCUUCCGAAGCAUAUGAAUUUUGGUCAGUAUAUUGUUUCAAAUGUACCCAGCUUAAAAGGUUUUCGAGAACCAUCAACAAACGUGCAAAAUGGGACAUCAGCUUUAAAAGCUCUCUCUUCCGUAAUGAUUUCAUUACAAAGAUAUGAAUUCAAAACAAAUCACGAAGAAUGGGUAAAAUCAGUCAAACCCAAGUUAGGACCUGAUGUGUCUGAUCGUGUUCUUGCAGCAAUUAACACCUCACACGAGAACAUGAAAAUUUUAUAUAGAGUCAGGACUGAGAUGCGGGCUGCCCUUCAAAAUAUCUUGAAGGAGGAUGGUAUUUUAGUAAUUCCCACAGUAGCCGAUUCUCCAUUAAAGCUCAAUACAAAAAGAAGUCUUUCUGCUGAGUUCCAUGAUCGUGCAUUUGCACUAUCAAGCAUUGCUAGUAUGUCUGGGUGCUGUCAGGUUACCAUUCCAAUAGGCAAGCACAAUGAUUGUCCAAUUUCUGUUUCAUUUAUCACAUUCCAUGGUGCUGAUAAAUUUCUUCUUGAUACGGUCUUGGAUAUAUAUUCAUCCCUCCAAGCGCAAGCCAGCAUUGCGUCUAAUUCGGUGCCACUACCAGAUACCAAUGGUAACAUGGAUGCUUCUGAACUCCUUAAAGAAAAGGGAAAUGCUGCAUUUAAGGGAAGGCAGUGGAAUAAGGCUGUCAAUUACUACACUGAAGCUAUCAAAUUGAAUGAGACAAAUGCGACUUUUUAUUGCAACCGUGCAGCUGCUUACUUAGAGUUGGGAUGUUUUCAACAAGCUGAAGAGGACUGCAGUAAGGCAAUAUUACAUGAUAAGAAGAAUGUGAAGGCAUAUCUAAGGCGUGGAACAGCUAGAGAAUUGCUUCUCCGUUACAAAGAGGCUGCUAAAGAUUUCAAGCAUGCUCGUGUUCUAGAACCACAGAAUAAGGUUGCCAGCCUUGCUGAAAAAAGACUUGGGAAGCUGAUGAGUUGAUACAUGCUCUCCUUUCCUCUCUACCCUCCUCUCCCCUCUCCAAUCAGAAACAAAAUCAGGAGAUAACACUUCUUUCUAACGGUCAGGAAAUAACACGUAUUGUGGGUUUCUGAGAAUAUAGACCCUUCUUCCUUAACAGACGGAAAUAACGAUAAAAAGAAAAAGAAAAAAGGAAGCUGUGCAGCUCUGUAUACCAUUGCCGCAUUUUUGUUUUUUGGUUGCUGCCCUGUGCAUAUUGUUUAAUUGUAAGUAAUCUCGAUCUAAAUUAUCAGGAAAGACAUUCUUGUAAUGUUGGCUACUUGCAGGCAUUACUGUGCAAGCAAUGCUUCUUU